AUGGAUCCAUACUCCGCCGAAGGUGAAUUGAUAAACAUUCACAACCAUUUCCUCCAGGGCCAGUUCCAGGAGGUUGUGGAUUUCGACACAUCGUCGUUCUCCGAUGACAAUGCCCUUCCCGCCCGCAUCCUCCAACUAAGAGCACGCAUUGCUCUCGGCCAGGGCCAGGAGGUUCUAGGCGAAGUCAAGGGCGCAAAGGAACCCGAACUUGAGGCUGUUGGAGCACUGGCCGAGCUUUCUCUCGGCAAGACAGACUCCGCUGUUAGCACAAUCGAGAAGUUGGCGGUGUCAGCUGCUGAUAAUGUGACGGUCGAGAUCUUCGGUGGCACAGUCCUCCAGGCUGCUGGAAAGACAGACGAUGCCCUGGCGCUUCUCUCGCAGCACUCAGGAAGCCUUGAUGCCGUUGCCCUCAUUAUCCAAAUCUACCUUUACCAGAACAGAACCGAUCUCGCUUUAAAAGAAGUCAGCGCAGCCCGGCGAUGGGCCCAGGACAGCCUCCUGGUCAACCUGGCAGAGUCCUGGGUCGGACUUCGAGUUGGCGGAGAGAAAUACCAACAGGCGUUCUACGUUUAUGAAGAGCUUGCUCAGGCACCUUCCACCUCGUCGAUAUAUAGCCUUGUUUCCCAAGCAGUGUGCGAGCUGCAUCUUGGUCGUGCCGAAGAGUCCCAGGCCGCUCUGGAAGAAGCUUUGAAGAAGGACCCCACCUACGCCGAAGCGAUUGCGAACCUGCUUGUCCUCAAGGCCGUAACUGGCCAGGAUACCUCAGAACUAACCGAAUCAUUGGCGAAGGUCGCCCCCAAGCACGAUUUCUUGACGACCCUGGAGGAAAAGAGUGACCUAUUUGACAAGGCGGCGGCAAAGUACAAGGCAAAAGUUUCUGCGUAA